CGGUGUGCUCGCUUUUAACAAGGAAGCAGCACUCUUUUGAUGUCAAUGUGUAUUUAUAGUUUCGACGUUGCUGUAUGCUCCUUUACUUGAAUUUAGCUCUUUUUAAACGCGAUUUCCGGCGUCCAGCAUGGCAGGACAAGGUGUUUCCCGCAGGAUGCGAGCCUGUUUGGUCUUGCUGCUCGCGUACCUGACUGAAGACCAGCGAGCCUCAGCCUCGGAGACCGUGAGAAGUUUCUAUGACACCCUGAAUGUUGAGCGGACUGCCUCGGACACCCAGAUCAAAAAGUCUUUCCGCAGCCUGGCAGUGAGGUACCACCCUGACAAGAACAAGAGCGCCCAAGCUGAAACCACUUUCAGGGAGAUUGCAGAAGCCUAUGCAGUGCUGUCAGAUAAGAAGAAAAGGCGUCUCUAUGACAGCGUGGGUCAUGAGGCCUUCUUGGAAAACCCGGACUCAUUUGAAGAUGAGGAUGAGACCAGCUUCCACUUCAGUUUCUCAGACUUAUUCCAGGAUUUCCAUGACAUUGCCUUUAUGGAUGAACCACACAUUCACUGGAGCUUCUUCCAGGAAGAGGAAGAGGAAGAGGAAGAGGAGUACUUUCACAACAGACAUUACAGUUCUGAAGACUCUACCUUCAGCUUUUAUUUUGAUGAUGGAAAUGAGGAGGAGCAUCACUAUUGAUUUAUUGUUUUAAUAUACCCUCUUUUAUUUAUAAUAAAAUUUUUCAAGCAA